GAUAAACCUAAAGGGAAUGUCACCGACAGUGGAAGAAAAAUACUGACCCAAUUUGAAGCAGGUGUGCAACGGAGAUUUGAUGUUCACCGUGUUUAGGAAUGCCAUCUGACCUAGAAAAACAAACAAACAAACUCAUUCAUAUAUUUUUGCGUAUUCCUGCAGAAAUUACACAUUUGUGCGAGUCAGCCUGGAGCCAGCAGUCUGCCAGAAGUUAAGGACCGACUCUUUGACCUCCUCCCCCUCUACGUGCAGAGCCAUAUUCCUCCCCUGACUGAUCAGCAUGACAAAGCAUUGGCCGGGGCAGAGUCUCUUGGCACCGAUCGCUUCAUCCCACCUAGGAGAACUUCUCGACCAUCAACUUGACUUCCACAGAAAUGAGCAGCAGAGUUUUCCUCCCAGCGGCGUAGCGCCGUGGAGCUCACCGGCCCAACACUGGCCUUACCUCUCGGAUCCGAUGCCUCCCCAGCAGCUGCCGCGCUCGGAGGAACCAACGGAGCGCCCCGGACACCUCACCGGCGCCACAGGAUUCAUGGAUAAAGAGGAACCGCCUGGAUCUUUAAACCCGAAUGAUCAAGAUGGGCAGUUUAAGCAGGAUGAAACGCAGGACAUGUGGAAAAGUGAACGGGAGAAAAGAAAUGCCGGCAGUGGGAAGAAAAAGAACUACCAGAGGUACCCAAAACCUCCGUAUUCCUAUCUUGCAAUGAUCGCUAUGGUCAUCCAGAGGUCUCCAGAGAAGAAGCUGACGUUAGCUGAGAUCCUCAAGGAGAUCAGCACCCUCUUUCCAUUUUUCAAAGGAAACUACAAAGGCUGGCGAGAUUCUGUGCGACACAACCUUUCCUCAUAUGACUGCUUUGUUAAGGUAUUAAAAGACCCAGGUAAGCCACAGGGCAAAGGCAAUUUCUGGGCAGUGGAGCUGAGCCGCAUUCCUCUGGAGCUUCUCAAGAGGCAGAACACGGCCGUGUCCCGCCAGGAUGAAACCAUCUUUGCUCAGGAUCUGGCUCCUUACAUCAUGCAGGGACACAAGCCUGAGUCUGAGGCACCUCCUGAACCUGUGACCUCGCUCCCUCCCAAAUCUUCUGGAAACUCUUUCCCAACGCAGGAUGACUUGUACAGACCUAAGCUGGAUUCGUCCUUCGCCAUCGACUCCCUGCUACACAGCCUGAGGCCAAUCAGUGCUUCAGGGGAUUUAGAUAUGGCUUCUGGGGACUGCUGGGGUGAGGUGGCUCGGGCUCGGCCUUCACCGGCUCCGCAACAUCGUUACACCUCCUCUGCUCGCAGUGCCUCUGCAAGCUCUGCAAGCCCAGCCUCCACCUCCUCCUCUUCCUCAUCUUCAUCUGAUGAAGAGUGGAAAGGAGUAACUGGGAAGCGUGUUCCUCCUGAUGUGGAAGCAGGGGCAGAUAUUUGCAGGCCACCACUGCAGAAAUCAGCCAGACGGGAAUCUGUACCACCUCCAUGGGAGCUCCCUACCUCCUACGCUAAAUAUGCACCCCCGAAUGUCGUUGCCCCACCUAGCAUGCGUUUCAACGGGGGUCCUCUGAUGCCCCUGCACAGCGGGCUACCCAUUUACGGCUAUGGUAGCUCUCCCAUGACACCAAGUCACUUCUUGGGCCAUACAUACUGGCCCAUCCUCCCCAGUAGACAAGUUUCAGUGAGAGCCCCUCCUUUACUCAUGGACCUGGACAACAUGUUGCAAUCUGUGCCUCCAAAUAAGAGUGUGUUUGAUGUGCUGGUACCAGCCAAUCAAAACUCUCACCCACACCAUCAGCAGCCCGGUCAGUACUCUUUGCAGAAUGGGGCUCCUCUCAACCGGUACCAUCAAUACUGAGUAUUACUGUCACCCAAACAGGAUACCAAACAGCAUUGAUAAACAACUGGAUGCACACCAAGAUCCAAAAAGGAACUAUAUUUUGUCUGCCACUUCCACAAACUCAAGAAAUACAACAAAUGUAAAAAACAAAACUCGCUGAGCUGUAGACAAUGUUAUCGAUUGACUCAGAGUUUUAUCAGUGUUUUUAUGUUGCAAUUUUUUUUUAAAAAGAAACAGUGUAUGGAGUAUUACAUGGCUUCACUGAAAGAAAACCUUUUAUAAUAACUGUACAACAAAACGAGUAUCUACCUCAGUCUUUCAGUGAAAUUGUGUAAUACUGCAAGUCAUUGCACUGCACCUGUAGUUUGCACUGUUUCUUUAGUUGCAUAAACAAGCUUCUUUUUUUAACCUUUAUUAUCAUUUUUUUAAAUGUUUUCUACCUAUUGUGACUACUGAAUGUAUUACACAAAGCCAUGAAGAACUGGACUACAAGGCCUAUGCAGUAAAUAUGAGCUAAAGACUGACACUGUAGGGUUAGUAAAUGAAGACAUUGCAUCUUUGUCUUUAUGGUGCGACGGUGCACAGAUCAGUGCCUACAUCUAAAUGAUUAUGAUAGAUACCAAAAGAUACCAUUUGUAGUGUUUACAAAUCUGUGCCAUGUUUAGUAAAUCGGAUGGCUGAGCAUAGGACAGUCCAUUGUGUUUCUAGUCUGAAAUUUAUGUACGUCUGUGUUGGUUCUAUUGAUGGUGGCAUUGGCCUUGUUUACUGUUAUUUUCUGUCAUUGUGUGCAAGGGGAAAGGAAAUCUGUACUGGGAAGAAAACAAAAGAUUUCUGGAGACAGUGUAAUUUUUAUAAUAUCUUUGUUUUAGUCUGAAGUCAGUUCAAGUGAUAUAAUCUGAGAAUCUGACAGCUUGUCAUGACACUGGAGACUAUUUUUCACAUCCUGACAGCCAAAACUUACCUCAAACUGAAUCAUUUCCUGCAGAAUUUGCACUGCUGGUUAUUUUUGCACUAUUUUAAUGGCAUUACAAUCAUCUUUUAUAGGAAGCUGCUUUUAAAAGUCUCCUUACCUUGACAGGUGAAUGUUUUGUUAGUUUUCUGACAUUUUACUGUGAUUUUUCUGACAACUUUUUACAGUACUGAGUAGCAGUUCAGCUCAGAAGUUUUAAGUAUCCAAAGAAUGUUCUGGAGUUUUAACAGGGUAUGUAAAUAAAAGGUUUAUUUUAACAGUGCUGUUCAGUGUUCUGUGAGGCUGUAUAACAAUUGUGCUGUUAAGUGCAAAAUCCUGCUAACUUCACAUGAAUAUGCCGUAUUUUGGUUGCAAUAUUUAUGUGUAUUUACACUCUGCAGCCACUUUACUAGGUACACCUUAUUAGCAGUGGGUGGG